ACGUCAUCAUGGACCCUAUUUGCCAAGAAUGUAACCUUGGAAUGGAGUAGCGAAGUAGCGACAAAUUGCGUUUUUCGGACAUUUAGCUGGUCAAAACAAUAAUUAUAUAACAACAUCCAGCCUCAUAAUCACGUUUCAUUGUCAUAUUGAAACGCAGUCGCUGAUAUGUCGCGUCAUGAAGGGGUCAGCUGCGAUUCAUGUCUGAAAGGAAACUUUCGAGGGAAACGUUACAAGUGCCUGGUUUGUUAUGACUAUGACCUCUGUGCGACUUGUUAUGAGGCGGGGGCCACCACGACACGGCACACUGCUGACCACUCCAUGCAAUGCAUUCUUACCAGGAACGACUUCGAUUUAUUUUAUGGAGGAGAGGCUCUGACGGCAGAGCAAACACGCUUUACUUGCCCUUACUGCGGUAAAAUGGGAUUCACAGAGGCUACCUUGCAGGAGCAUGUUACCUCGGAUCAUUCUGACGCUUCCACUGAAGUUGUAUGUCCAAUAUGUGCUGCUCUGCCUGGAGGCGAUCCAAACUACGUCACUGAUGACUUUGCAGAACAUUUGACGUUACAGCACAGAAUCCCAAGAGAAUUUGAUGAACCUGUUGGUAUUCGACAUGUGCGGAGAAUUCCUCACCCUGGACGCGGUGUAGGAGGAAACCGGUCUAGAAGAGCAAAUAUGCACUUUUCUUCUGGGGGAACUUCAUUGACUGGGCUCUCCCCAGGAGGACGGGAAACGAUGGACCCUAUCGCAGAACUAUUGUCUCAGCUGUCGAGUGUGAGGAGUCGUGCGGCUGCGGCCCAGAGUGUGUCAUCACAGCUACAGCAGCUGGAGAUGCAGUUACAGUCAACCAGACAACAACUGGAGCGUUUGCCAAACAGACGUACAAUGGAAUCGGGAAAAUCCAACAUUACCAAUUCUUCAACUACUGGCAUCAGCACAGACCUGCAGAGUCAAGGGGGCAGUACCAAUCAAACGACUGUCAACACUGACUCGCCAUACUUAUUAGCCAGGUGCCUCGACUCCUCUGUGACGGAGUCGGAACAGAGUAUAUUUGAGGAGAGAGAGGAUCGUGGUGCGUUUGUACAGGAACUGUUAUUAUCCACAUUGACAGAACAGUUACACUUAGAACAGGACUUGGAUGCAUUAAUAGGUGGUGAUAGUUCAAAUGAUUCUGUCAAACGGAGUAACAAAUUGCCAACGGCCACGUCAAACGAAGUUGAUCAGCAUCCUAGCACAAGUCCUUCACAUCAACAACAAAACACAAAUAGCCUGGGCAAGGACCCUGGUACUGCUGCUAAGUCUUUGUUACCAGAGAGAGGCAACCAGCUGUCACCAACACAGAAACAGCAUGCCGGCGGCGGUGGAGGCACGGUGGUCACUCUUUCUCGACAAAGUCAGGGUCACUCGUUUCAGGGUGUUACCCUUCGACAAAAUCAUGGAUCCAUGUCCAGUGGGAGUCAAGUUUAUAAUUCGCUUCCAGGCUCAAAUGCUUUGGCGGGGGCUGGGAUCGGCGCUGGAAACCUUCACCCCUUACCUGGAAGGCCUGGGUCAGGGGGCAGAGACAGAGACGGUCGUGUGAAUCCGGCCGCAGCAAAAAAGAAUAUGUACAAACAGUUACCUACAUCUCAAGCUUCUGAUCGUGAGCCCCCACCCCACUAAGGCUGCACAUCUGCGAGUUGAGAGGAUUAUGAAAACGAUACAGAUACUUUGCUUCUUUAUUCAGAAUAUCUUCAUUUGAACCGAGUGUCCGAUGAAGUUGGAUAAUUAUUAUUACAUAGUUAUUGUUGAGGCUAUAUUUAUUGCUUACAAUAGCAACAGAAGUUGCUGCAUUAUGUACUAGUAAUUCGACUGGUUUUAUUUUCAAUUUUUUUUUUUUUUUUCCAAUAAAUAAAAACAAAAGCGACAUGUUUUCAUUGAUGCUACGGCAUUGUGUAGUUCCUACGUAUAGCGUGAGAGAGGGAUUCAAAUCACAUGCCAAAUAUGUGCUGGUGUGUGCCGUUACCACUUCCAUGUCCGUGUUUAAUCGUAUUGUGAUGUUAUAAUCCUUGGGUCACAACAUAAUGUCAUAUAGAUGUGCACGUUGGUAUAUACGGACGUAAAAUCUGCAUCCGAAGUCAUUCUUCUGAUGUCGUUCAUAAUUCUUUUUAAUAUCAUAUUUAAGAAUUGCCACUUGUAUGAAGAAAUACCAUUUUAUCAUAAAAUCGUGGUGAUAUUAACAUAUUGUUGAUGGAAGAUCAGAAAGUAAUUCAGAAAGGAAUAAAGUGUUUGGAAUUCAGAUACUAACACUUGAGAAUCGAUGACCACAUGAAGUAGAUAUGAAGGAUUUUUGGCGUUUGCAGGAUAGCUUUACUUUGUUACGCUUAUAUCUGAAUAGUAGGUGAAUUCACAAUUUAUUGUGAAGCAUUUGUGUAUGUUCAAUCAAACUUUGGAAGAUAUUUUUUAUAACUUAACUGAGCAAUACAAGAAUAAUGGAAAGCAAAACUAUCCUGGUUCAUGCUGAAAUAUGCCUUGCAUCAUUUGAGUUCCAAAAUUAACAAAAAAAAAUUGCAUGAAACUUUAUGUAAAGAGUCCUUCAGUGUGCGGUAUACCAGAGACUCUGAUCUCUGCUUAUAAGCCAUCAGUCCAGUUUGUGAAUAUUAUCAAUGAUACAUUUUCUGUGAUAUUAGCCUAUGCUGUUUGUGUGUAAGUGAAAUAUGUUGUAUGUCGAUACCAAAUCAAAUUUUACCAGUGUCACGAGCUAGGUGUAUGCUGUUCUUAUAUGGUGAGGUAUUGUUCCAAUAUUGAUAAAUACAAACUUCCUAGAGUUGAGAAGGGCCUCCAGUUCUACGAGUGCGAAUCAGUGUAAAUCUUUCAGUGCUAACACCUCAGUAUUAACUAAUACAUGUAUGUGGAUAGCUUGAGAUCAAAAUCACAUUCAAUUUUAAUUUCCCUGGGAUGUUUUUUUCUUUCCUAUAUGAAUUUUUUUUUUUUAGUUCACAUAUAUAUACUGUAUAUGUAUACAUGUGUACAUAAAAACUUAACUGAUUGAUAUAUUUUAAUACUAGCUAAAGGCAUGAAACCGUUUCAUAUUUUAAUUCCACUUACCAGAACACUUGGAAAUUAAUAGCAAAUGAGGAGGUGAGCUCAUUGUAUGUAGUCCGCGUAUUUUGCCGUUAAUAGUGAAAGAGGGAUAUGCUUAUAGAAUAUACAGGGUUUGAACUGUGCUGAUGUGGCGAGAUUUGAUGUUCAAGAGAAUUACACUGUACUGGUGUGAGUGAUAGGUACAUUUACUGAUAACAAUGUACUUAUGCCUAAUUAUCAUGGUAUGUACAGAUGUUGAUUGGGAAAGCAAGUGCUCGAGUAUAAUAUUCAUCGCCGAUCUGUAGGCCCAGAGCGCUACACUACCAUUAGGGAUAAAGGUUAUUUAGUGUGUCGGUAGAAGAUGAGAGCACUUAUAAUGUUUAUCUGAAAAAACUUCUGAUUUAUGUUUAAAUUAAUGUAUAAAUCAAUAAAUGUUUAAGAAAAACA